AGCCAUCACGCCAGCACCAUAGAUCUCACAGCUCAGUUUUCCGACCAGAAACAAAGAGGGAAGAGCGCAAGAGGAUGAUGGAUUAUGUAUUCAAGAUGGUGGUUAUCGGAGACUCGGCCGUGGGCAAGACCCAGCUCCUGUCCAGAUUCUCCAAGAACGAAUUCAGCACCGAGACCCGGGCGACCGUUGGGGUUGAAUUCCAGACCAAGACCAUCCUCAUCGACAAGAAGCUUGUCAAGGCCCAGAUAUGGGACACCGCCGGCCAGGAGCGGUACCGUGCCAUCACCAGCGCCUACUACCGUGGUGCACUCGGUGCUCUCAUCGUCUAUGACAUCACCAAAUACCCCAGUUUUGAGCAGGUCCCCCGGUGGCUCGACGAACUACGGGCCCAUGCAGACCCCAAUGUCGUCAUCAUGCUCGCCGGCAACAAGUGCGACCUCGAGGGGCUGAGGGCGGUGCCGGUGGAGUCGGGCAAGGAGCUGGCGGAGAGAGAGGGACUUCUCUUCUUGGAGACAUCGGCGUUGGAUGCAACAAAUGUGGAGAAGGCAUUUCUGAUGGUCCUGGAGAGGAUUUAUCGGAAUGUGAGCAGGAAAUCACUCGGCGGUGGCGACGAGGAGCCACCUCUGGUGCUGAAGUCUUCGCUCAGAGGUACCAGGUUGGAUGUAAAUGAAAGCCCGCAGAGGUACCAGUGCUGUUCAAAGUAGUGCAACCUUUUUUUUGCAUUUUUUCACCAAGCUCGUGUGGAAGGAUGGAUGGAUGACCAAUGAAGGGCUGAGGAAAUGGAUGAGAUGUGCAAUAAAUAAUGAGAAAAGCCUUCGUAGUGUAGAUUAACAUAAGAACGUUUUAUUCUAUUUUGUUGUUAUAGUGGUAUUUUAGAUUUAUUGAGAAAAGGCAUAUCAGAAUCUACACACAGAAUUGGGAGGAAUGUUACCCAACAUGCUGCUCGAUUCUCCUUCAUUACACCGCCAAUAUCCAUGGGUU